ACUAGUUAAGUUCCAGUUUUCUUGACAGGAUGACAGCAAAGUUCGUUUUCUCUGGCUUUUCUUGGGAAAUUAAUUAUUGAUAUUAAUUUUAAAUUCUCGAAAUUAAGUUGAAAUGGCGCUGAAAAAGUGCUUUUUAUGGGGCGGAGCUUUGGUUGUUAUCACAGUCGCCAUUUCCAUGACGCUAUAUCUAGUCUUACCAGGAUCUAACGAUGGAGCCAAGGGUACUGAAAAUCCCGGGAAUGGAAGUCACGGAAGCAACGAAACUAAUGGAGAAUCUAACAAUGGAACCGAGAAUGGUGGAAAUGCCAGUAAUGAAGAGAACGAAAGCGGUGGCGAAGAUAACAUCAAGGCUUUUCCACGGACGUUAGUGAUCAAGAGCGGUAGUUGCAUUCUUACGGGUAUGGAUGUCGACAAUCUCAGCAAUAGAACUUUUGUACACGAAGACUCGAGCUUCGGCACCGGCUGUCAAUUUGACUUGUAUUUGAGGGAUUCGAUCUUUUACAAUGAUCAUCCCGAAAGCAUUAAGUCUACCUCAGACAAGUAUCCCGAGAUGGCAAUACCGGCCAACUACUACACGUCUGGAUUCAAGCAGUCGUGGUACACUCUCGCAGUCGACUUCGUCAACAAAAAGGUUUACGCGAUUUCGACCCAAAAAAGUGGUGAAGCUUACAAACUCUUUGUGUUGGAUAUUUUAAAGCAGCACUACGCCAUUGUGCUUACCGAUUUAUAUGCGCCUACCGAUCUGGUUCUCGAUCCCGCUGUGGGAUUGCUCUUCAUCUCGCAGCAGUCGUCGAUUUUAAGAGCAAGUAUGGAUGGCUCGUUACCAACCACAAUUCUGAACCGUCCCGACCUAGCACCAGUCGUGUCAUUAGACAGCUCAACCCAGAGAAUCUACUGGGCCACUCAGUCAGCCAUCGAGAGCGUGGACUACGCCGGCAAUGACCGCCGCGCAGUCGUGAAAAUCAGUACCAGUCCUCCAACCGAUUUGGCAAGCAUCGGUAACCGAAUCUUCUGGCUAACCGCUGUGUCUGCAUCAUCGAAUAAAAAGACGUUGUGGACCUGCCAGACCAAAGGGUUGAGCGGUGCAUGCGAUUCAGCCAAAGAUCUGCAACUUGCGGACGACUAUAAUGUAGGUCAGAUCAAGGCCUACGAUUUUCAGGAACUGUACUCUGUUGUGAGGACCAAAUCGAAUCCUUGCAGGAAGGAUAAUGGAGGAUGCGAGCAGCUUUGUCUGUUGAGUAAUAGCAGCAGCGAGGGUUACAGCUGUGCUUGCGAACUAGGCCAGAAGCUGAAAGAGGACCAGAAGAGUUGCACUGGAACUAUCGGCCAGGGUUUCUUGAUGUACGUGCAAGGCUUAUUUUUCCGUAGCAGGAUGAUGGAUCAUCUUGGUAUCAAGGACGAGGAGUCUCGAUUCGGUGAAGCGAUCUACCCUGUGGAUGUUUUUACGGGCCCACUUAAUAAAGCCAAGGUUAUUCACUUUGCGCACGACGUACGCGAGCAUCUGGCCUACUACGUUGACGACGAGGAUGUGAGGGAGCUAAGUUUAGUAGAAAUCAGGAAAAAACCAUUCAUCAUCGAUUCUACUUCUGAUAGCGAGAUUUACAUUGCCACCGACUGGGUUUCAAAAACGAUCUACUUCAGCAUGAGCUCGUUCGAAGACUGGAGGAGAAAAAACUCGUUGCGUGUCUACCCCUACGGCUACUUUUCGAACAAUAGGUAUUACAAGAGUCUGGCCUCCUACAACGACCAAUACAGGAUUAGGAACGUUGUAGUACAUCCGAAUCGUGGUUAUGUAUUUUACAUACUUACGGAGCUGAAUAGCGAUACCUCGAGGCUGGUGAGGAUAAACAGCGAUGGAUCGGAUAAGCAGGAUUUCCUAGAGAAUCGGCGAGUCAGGGAAAUCGGUCUGUCGAUUGACUUUCUAGAGGACAGACUGUGCUGGUUCAGUGAGGAUGGAACCAAAUUGGAGUACGUCAAGAUCGAUGGCUCGAUCGAUUCGUUAAGAAGCAUCGACAUUUCAAUGGUAUCCGCUCCGCAAACCAUGACUUUCGACAAAAGUUUCGCUUAUGUCAGCAAUUGGGCAAAUGUCUGGCGCCUGGACAAGGCAACCGGCGCCUCAGCUGAGCGUUUAAAACACGUGAAUCCAGAAUCUCGAGAAAUGCUGUCCGGUGUAAGCUACCACAGUCCAGAAGCACAACCUCUUAUCGACAAUCAUCCCUGUGCUGUCAAUAAAGGUGGCUGUCGGAGAUUCUGCUUCGCAGUGCCUGAUAGCAAAGAGCCUGUAGGACUGAAGAAGCAGUGCGGCUGUUAUGACGAUGAAACGCUUCAACCUGAUGGAAGGACCUGUGUUUAAAAUUAUAGGACUAAGCCAUUCACGUUAUAAUUCAAUGCUUGCAGGAAAGAAAAAUAUGUUUGUAAAUAAACUUUAUAUUAUAUUUA